UCAACAUAUUCCAAUUAUCUAUCUGAUAUGCAUCUAUAUUAACCGAUUGUUUCUUUGAUCUUAAAGGACUAUUCAGUGUUGAUAAGAGAGCGCAGUCAAGCCACGCCUCCAUAAUAUGACGCAUCUCCAACAGUGGCGUCAUUAAAACAUGGCGGCAGAGAUGAUAAACAUUCACUUUUAACCGAGUAAAAUUCACAACUGAGCUAAGAUCCCUAAAUUACAUUCAUAGAGUACAAACAUUGACAUUUGUCAUAUCGUCGCACACACACUGAACAUUUCUUGUUGCAAGGCGAAGAUAUCAAGUAGGAAUAUCCAGUGUCUGACUUUGAAUGGAGAACUCAUCUUUAUUCCAUACUCAAAAGUACGUAGGCUACAUUAUUUUAACUGCGUAAUAUGUACUUUUAGUGCGUAGUGCAAGUAUGCGAGUUGGGAUUCAGGCAAAUGAACGUCGGCAAUAUUCUUACUCUGAACGUAAAGAUACACUUCGAAACAAUCAGAAACUGAAAUCUGUGACAUAUCACUAUUGAAAGAUGGCGUUUAUUAAAGAGGAGAGUGAAGGCACAAGUUAUCCACAAACAAGCACAGUGAAAAAUGAAGAUACAAAGGAAAAAAGAGAUCUAAUUGAACUCAGAGAGGAACAUCAAGAUCUGAAUGAAGUGGAGGAGAAACAUCAUUUCACAAGUGGAGAAAAUGAUAUGAGCUCCUCACAAACCGAAGCGAAUGCCUCACAAACAAUAACAGAAGCCAACAGAUCUUUCGCCUGCCCUCAGUGUGGAAAGAGAUUCACUACUAAAGGAAACCUUAAGGCACACGUAAGAAUUCAUACUGGAGAAAAUCCUUUCAACUGCACUCAGUGUGAGAAGAGUUUCCCAUUUAAAGGAAGACUUAAAAUGCACAUGAGAAGUCACACUGGUGAAAAGCCGUUCAUCUGCCCUCAGUGUGGAAACAGUUACCAAUGUCAAACAUACCUUAAUAGGCACCUGAGAAUUCACGACGCAGAGAACCCUUUCUUCUGUGCGCAGUGUGGAAAAAGUUUUACUGCGAGACAAAAUUUUAACCGUCACAUGAGAAUUCACACUGGAGAAAAGCCUUUCACGUGUUCUCAUUGUAGGAAGAGUUUCCCAUGUGAACAAUAUCUUAAAAGGCACAUAAAAUUUCACAGUGCAGAAAAGCCUUUCACCUGCUCUCAGUGCGGACAAAGUUUCACAGUGAAAGGAAGUCUUAAGUAUCACAUGUCAAUCCACACCGGAGAGAAACCCUUCACAUGCCCUCAGUGUGGGAAGUGUUUUACACGUAGAGAAGCCUUUAAGACGCACUUGAGAAUUCAUACUGGAGAAAAGCCGUUCGCGUGCCAUCACUGCGAGGAGAGUUUCACGCAUAAAGGAAGACUUCAGACGCACAUGAGAAUCCACACUGGAAAAAAGCCUUUCGCGUGCCUCCAGUGCGGGAAGAGUUUCACACGUAAAGGAACCUUUACUGCGCACAUGAGAAUCCACACCGGAGAGAAGCCUUUCACAUGUGAACAGUGUGGAGAGAGUUUUACGUGUAAAGUAAGACUCAAUACUCACAUCAGAAUCCACACUGGAGAAAGACCUUUCUCAUGCCAGCAGUGUGAGAAGAGUUUCACAUGGGCAAGAAGUCUAAAAAAUCAUGUGUGCGCUCAUUCUGUCUUGAAUUGUGAUCGGAGUGGCACAGAAUUCACUUCAGCGUCAGCCGUACAAACACACAGGGAUAUUCACGAAAAUGAGCUGUACUCGUGUUCACUUUGGGAAAAGAGUCCUGAAAACCACUGGUAUUAUGAAGAAGAUUGAAAACUAAGGAAAAUUCUGUCCUCUCUUUGGGUGGUGCCUUUUGUGAAAACCUACUCCUCUUCCCCCAAAACAGGUGUUGGUGCAGUAAAUAUUUAUAACCCUUUUGUUCUGGUCUGUAUAUAAGGUAAAUUGCAAAGCAGUCAGGGGCGAUCUUCUGUAGCCAGAGACCCCCACACAGUGAUGGACAAGUGUCUUCAAACACUAAUCCACCACUGUGUGCAUGUGCAUUUCAACCUAACUGCCUAACUAAUGUAAUUGGCAUGAGACAUUUUUACUUGACAAAUAAAAUGUUAUAUUUGGUUUA